AUGACAGAAAGACAGGUGACAGAAAUUGAUGACGUGUGGAUUAUUUCGAAAGGUUCCCGGCGAUACGACAUGGACGAAUCGAAAUCGACGUGGGCGACGUUGCCGAUCGUACGGAUCGUGCAAAAAUCGUCGGAAAUAUUCGCCGUGACGGCGCCGAAUCUGUACGAUUACGAAGGCGCCUCGUUGUUGUACGUCGCCUACGCGAUCGUCGUCUGUCUGUCGCAAUUGACGGCGUCGGCGCUGUCGACGUACGUCCAUUGGACGAAACGGUCGUCCGGCAUGUCGAUGACGUCGAACGUGCUGUUUACCAUCGUACGCCUCCAAUUGGCCCUCACCAACGUCACCAGCAUCGUCACUUUGGUGCUCGUCAAACGUCGCCGAUUAGUCGGAAAAACGAGGAGACUCGGCAACGUCGAACGCACGUUACAGGCCAAUUUCCAACGAACGAUCGACUACAAACCGACCGUUUUGACGGCCCAAUUGGGUCUCUUUAUCGGCCUGAUACUGUGCAUCGGGAUAUUCGACGUCUACGUCACGGCGUCGUCGCUCCAAUACGACGCCUUCGACGCCGCGAUCCACUCCUCGUACCGUCUACAGGUAUUUAUCGUGGCGCUGACGACUGCGCAGGUGCGGUGUUGCUGCGCCAGGAUCCAGGCGGCCGUGGAAUUCGCCAACGAGCGCAUGCGCGAUACGCUUCGAACGGUCGCCGGCGAGGCGACGUUCUUCCUGCGACGCUACGACGAGCUGUGCGACGCCGUCGACGCCGUCAGCGACGUCUACGGCGCCGCGAUGCUGAUGAUCGUCGGUUGCGUCGUGGCCAACUUGCUGGCCGGUUCGAGCGCGCUGUUGAAAGUGCUGACGGUCGUGCGGAGGGAUGACGCGUUGCUGUUGACUUCGUUGUUUGGUAUCGUCGAGUAUGCGGUUAUUAGCGUGAUGUUGGCGGUGCCGUGCGGUAACGCGUCGAACGAGGCGAGGAAAACGUGCCUGGUGAGUUAUAAGAUAUUGUUGGGGUUCCAAGGGAGCUCGAGGUUCGGGCGAUGCAAGAACGUCAAGGAGGAGUUGUUGCUGUUGGCCGAACACGUGAGGGCCAGGAACGUGCGGUUUUCGACCGGGUUCUUUCCGGUGGAUUAUAACGUGUUGUUUUUGAUACUGGGCUCGGUGGCGACGUACUUGAUUAUCAUUUUGCAAUUUCAAUAGCGGCUGGAGAUGCUCGAUGUAGAAGACUCGAAUUGGUAGCACGGAGUAUACGAAAGGAUAGGUAUUAGUGUGUAUCCCAGUGCUUAAAUUAAAUGGUAAUAACAUAAUUAGUUUGUGUACUAAUCAAAUUUUUAUGUAACAAUGAAAAAAAAAGAAGAAUUUUUUAUUCUUG